CAAGCGAAAUAAACGGGGAGAAUGAUCCAUUGGUUCUUUUUUUGUGUAAUGUGGAGUGGCUCCACUUCCAUAAAUAUUGUGCAACUAUUCACAGGUGACGGCAACGGAAGUCUAAGUCACAUGGUUCUGAGCAAUGACAGCUUGUUCAUUGGAGCCACAAACAUAAUUUAUCAACUCGACCUUGAUUUAAACUUAGGAAUUCCGGCAAUCACUGGUCCCCAUAAUGACUCUAGAAAGUGUGGAAUGAAUUUGAUGACUUGUUCGUCGUUGUCUGAAUUGUCACCGAUGGACAAUCACAAUAAAAUUUUAUUGAUUCAUUCCGAUAUGCUUGUGAUAUGCGGAAGUCUAUUCCAAGGGAAAUGUGAAAUUAGGAAUGUAAAGAACAUCACAGAAGUUUUAUUUUUUGGAAAUACAGCCGUGGCUUCCAAUGAAAUCGAUGUGAACAAUAUUGCAUUUAUUGCUCAAGGACAGAAUAGUGAUGCUAAAGCGAUGGAAAUGAUUUAUGUAGCAACCGAAUUAACAAGGUUUGAUAAGUCAAAAAAUUCCUUAGAAUUUAAUCUUAGACGAUCCCAUCCCCUUGUUAGCACUCGACUUUUCAAUUUUUCACUUCUUGGAAAAAUUGCAUAUGAAAUGGACAAUAAAUAUGUGAAACCGGGUUUGAUAUUAUAUAUAAAUGGAUUUGCUUCAGGAAUAUAUAGCUACAUCUUAUUCAAUGAACAGAAUCCAGAUGAUACAACACACUACUCUAAAAUUGUUCAUAUGUGUAGGAGGGAUGACCUAUUAAAAACGUUUUUGGAAAUACCAUUAAUUUGCAAAUCAAAUAGCAAAACUUUCAACAUUUUGAAGGCUGCACAAAUAUUUAAACCUGGUCUGAUACUAUUGAAAUACCUUCAGAAACAGUUCCAUUACAUGACGUCAGCAGAUGAUGUAAUGGUCGGACUUUUCAGUCAUGGUGAAGACAAAAGUUCAGCUUUAUGUCUGUUUAGUAUGCCAGAAGUGACAAAGACAGUCCUUAGUAAUGUAAAGAAGUGUCUUAAUGGAAGCACGGAGUAUGCAGCCAAAUUAAAGUACAAAAAUGGAUUAAAAUGCACAAAAAUAGACCUGUCUAUAUUUACUGAUGAUGAGUUGCUCUGCUCAAGUACCCUUAAUUUGAUAAUUGAUGGGAAAACUCCAGUAGUUUCAACCCCGGUCAUCCAGUUUCCAGCAACAGAAGACAACCCGGAAUCUUUGGCUGUCACUACAACAGGAGACCACACUGUAGCUUUUCUUGGUACAUUUGAUGGACAUAUCAAAAAGGUGUUUCUAAAAACAUCCAGGGCAGCAGAGUUGUAUGACUCCGCCAUUGUAGUGGACAAAGGUCAUGCAAUAAAGCAGGAUAUGGUGUUUGAAGAUUCCCAGAUGUAUCUUUUCGUCAUGAGUGACAGAAAAGUGGCCAAGAUUCCAGUUCAGAACUGUACCCAGUAUGCGAAAUGUAGGGACUGUUUGUUAAGUAAUGACCCAUAUUGCGGAUGGUGUGUCCUAAGCCACAGAUGCUCAUUAAAAAGCGAUUGCUACAACCCUACAGACAUUCGAUGGUUGAACAGUCCAAAGCAAGAAAGUAGAUGUCUCGAAAUCCUUAACGUCUCCCCACCAAUGCUCCACGUCACACAAAACAUCACU